CGCGCUCGCCGCCGCCGCUCCGCCAUGCCCGCCGUCCUGCUGUUCUGGAGCCGCCUGGAGAGGAACAAGGAGUGCGCGGCUGGCCCCGUCUCGGCCAUGGGGAAGGACUACUACAAGGCCCUGGGCAUCCAGUCGGGGGCCAACGAGGAUGAGAUCAAGAAGGCCUACCGGAAAAUGGCCCUGAAGUACCACCCGGACAAGAACAAGGACCCCCACGCGGGGGACAAGUUCAAGGAAAUCGCCGAGGCCUACGACGUGCUGAGCGACCCCAAGAAGCGGGCUGUCUAUGACCAGUACGGAGAGGAGGGGCUCAAAACGGGCGGGGGUCCCUCGGGGCCUUCCGGGAGCACCUUCCACUACACCUUCCACGGAGACCCUCACGCCACGUUUGCCUCCUUCUUUGGGGGCUCCAACCCCUUCGACCUCUUCUUCAGCAGCAGCCGGUCCCGGGUCUUCAACGGCUUCGACCACGAGGACAUGGACGUGGAUGACGAGAGCGACGACCCCUUUGGCGCCUUCAGCCGCUUCGGCUUCAACGGCCUCAACGGGGUGCACCGGCGGCACCCGGAGCCCAUCCACAUGCGCCGGAGGGUGCAGGACCCGCCCGUGGUGCACGAGCUGAAGGUGUCCCUGGAGGAGAUCUACCACGGGGCCACCAAGCGGAUGAAGAUCACCCGCCGGCGGCUGAACCCGGACGGGCGGACGGUGCGGACGGAGGACAAGAUCCUGAACAUCGUCAUCAAGCGAGGCUGGAAGGAGGGCACCAAGAUCACCUUCCCCAAGGAGGGGGACGCCACCCCCGACAACAUCCCGGCCGACAUCGUCUUCGUCCUGAAGGACAAGCCCCACGGCCACUUCCGCCGCGACGGGACGAACAUCAUCUACACAGCCAUGAUCAGUCUUAAGGAGGCCCUGUGCGGCUGCACCGUCAACAUCCCCACGGUGGACGGGCGAGUGAUCCCCCUGCCCUGCAGCGACAUCAUCAAGCCGGGCACCGUGAAGCGGCUGCGGGGGGAAGGGCUGCCUUUCCCCAAGGUGCCCUCCCAGCGUGGGGACUUGAUUGUGGAGUUCAAAGUCCGCUUCCCGGACAGAAUAGCCCCCCAGACCCGCCAGAUCCUCAAGCAGCACCUGCCCUGCUCCUAGAGCGGCCGGGCGGGUCCGGCCCACCUCACACACGCGCUCGCUCUCGCUCUGCCAGCUGGCUUUGCUCUCCGAGCAGCGGCCACACUUCCCGCUGGGCCACGUUGCACCCGGCCUGGGCGUCGCCCCGGGACCCUCCUGCCUCUUGCGGCCAGCCACGCCCUCCUCUUGCACGGGACCCUCCCUGCCCCGCCCCACCCUCCCCGUCCUCUGGCAGCUUGGCCUCCUUCAAGGGGUCCCCGUCUUUGGAUCUGGUGUCCCUGCUUUGCGAGAGUCUCGCGGGGGGACUUGACUUCUAGAGCUGGGGAGGGUCUCCCCAAAUUUUGCCAAGGAGCACCACAGCCCUGUAAAUAGAACCGCCUCCUCCCCUGUCCCCGGCCUGCUCUCUCCGUUCCUUGCCUCCCCAGAGGAGCCGGUGGGGGGUUGCAAAGCCAACCUCGUCCUCCAGGGCAGGGGCUGGGCCCCCCCUCCUCUUUCUGGCACCAAGAAGGCCCCCCGACCCUGGGGGGGGCUUGGCCCCACAGAACUUCUCCAGCCCUGUCUGGGCUCACAACAAGGACCUGCCAUUCAAGGGUGCUUUGGACUUUGUCUUCGAAUAGAACCUUCAUGAGGACUAACCUCUCCUUGGCUGUGUUGGCUCUCCAUCUGAGUUCUGGGGGAAGGGCUGGUGGGGGGGGGGCAGGAAG